CCAGAGAGAGAGAGAGAGAGAGAGAGAUGCGAGGAAUGUGGCGCUAAUGAGAAAACGGAGCGCUUCUGGGACGCAACGCAGGAGCAGCCAGGAAAAAAAGAAGGGAUAGAAUAGUUGGACGAGGAGAAAGAUAGAGAAAGACAGACACCCAGCAAAAACGCGCAUGGAAAGGAUUGCUAUUAAGCGUUACUGGCAGAGCCGUGCGGGGAUUUUUUGACGCUCCUCAUGCGGAGAUUUGAGCUUGCGGAUUCGUCUCGGCUCGGCUGAACCAUGCAGGGGCUGCUGCAGCUUCUCUUGAGUCUGGCGCUCACUUCUCACACGGUAUGGAUGGCCCGGUUUUCUCAGGAGCCAGCAGAUCAGUCGGUGGUUCUGGGCCAAAGAGUGGUCCUGUCCUGCGUGGUCUUCAAUUACUCAGGCAUUGUGCAGUGGACCAAGGAUGGGCUGGCUUUAGGCAUUGGAGAAGACCUUCGAGCUUGGCCAAGGUACCGUGUGUUGCGUCUGGUGGAUGUGGGACAGUACAAUUUGGAGAUCUCAUCAGCUGAACUCUCAGAUGACUCUCUCUAUGAGUGCCAAGCUACAGAAGCUGCCCUGCGCUCCCGCAGAGCCAAACUCACCGUUCUCAUUCCCCCUGAUGAGCCGGUUAUUGAGGGUUCCCCAGAGAUCCUUCUCACUGCAGGGGUUUCCCACAACUUGAGCUGCGUGUCGCGCGGAGCCAAACCCCCUGCAAUUAUAGAAUGGCAAAAAGACGGGCUGCCUGUAGAGGGGGCAGUCAGCACAACAGAGGUGCUACCUGAUAGGAAGCGAGUUACCACGCGCAGCUUCCUGCCCAUUGUCCCAGUGGACACUGACACAGGAAAGAACUUCACAUGCGUGGCCAGCAACCAGGCUGUGCCCUUGGGCAAACGCACCACUAUCACCCUAAAUGUGCACCAUCCUCCUGUGGUGGUGUUAUCCAUCGAACCACGCUCUGUUCUGGAAGGAGAGAGAGUGACGUUCACCUGCCAAGCCACUGCCAACCCCCCUGUUAUGGGCUACAAAUGGGCUAAAGGCGGUGUGAUCAUCCAGGGUGCGAGAGAGAGUGUGUUUGUCACUAAAGCUGACCACUCUUUCUUCACCGAGCCGGUUUCUUGCCUAGUGUUCAACGCUGUGGGGAGCACCAACGUCAGCAUACUGGUGGACGUCCACUUUGGUCCUAUCUUGGUGGUAGAGCCAAAGCCAGUGACAGUGGACAUUGAUUCUGAUGUCACGUUGAACUGUAAGUGGGCAGGCAACCCACCUCUCACCCUCACAUGGACAAAGAAGGGGUCCAGCAUGGUGCUGAGUAACAAUAACCAGCUGUAUUUGAAGUCAGUGAGCCAGGCUGAUGCUGGCCAAUAUGUGUGCAAGGCCAUAGUGCCCAGGAUCGGUGUAGGAGAAACAGAGGUCACUCUCACCGUCAAUGGUCCUCCUAUUAUAUCCAGUGAACCAGUCCAGUACGCAGUGAGAGGAGAGAGAGGCGAGGUCAAGUGUUACAUCGCCAGCACUCCUCCACCGGACAAGAUUGUGUGGGCGUGGAAGGAGAACGUGUGGGACAAAGAGAAAGGGACUCUACCAGAACGCUACACUGUGGAGCAGAGUAAGCCGUCUUCUGAUGGAGGAGCAGUGCUGUCUACUCUCACCAUCAACAAUGUCAUGGAGUCCGACUUCCAGUCCACUUACAACUGCACUGCCUGGAACGCAUUCGGCCCAGGAACCAUGAUCAUCACCCUGGAAGAGACUGAAAUGGUUCCAGUUGGUAUCAUCGCUGUCAGCACUGUAGGCUGCUCCAUUCUUUUCCUUAUCCUUCUGCUGGCAUUAUUCCUCUUCCUAUAUCGUCAACGGAAAGGAAGUCGCCGAGGGGUCACGCUCGGUAAGCCAGACAUCAAGGUGGAGACAAUAAAUAAAGAAACCCACAGCUUAGAGGAAGACUCAGCCAGCGUCUCCACAGCAAGCCGCAUGGUCAAAGCUAUGUACUCGUUUUUGCCCUCUGUGACCCUUUCUCCCUCCUCUCAGCCUUUUAAAGAUGACAUUGAUAUCAAACCAGACCUACGCAGCGACACCUUGGACACACGUCAGGACUAUGAGAUCAAGGACCCAACAAACGGCUAUUACAACGUGCGAGCCUCUACCCAUGAUGAGGGUCGUCCCGCGUCCCGCUCCAUGCACUACUCUGACUAUCGGACCUCUACUGCACCAGGCGGUACUGCAACUGUUAGUGGUAGCUCAGGUACAGGAGCUACAGCAGGUCCUGGAACACCGAGCAGCUUGGCUCCUGGCUCACGAGCCGGCUGCUACGACCCUCGACCUCCUUCCAGACUCAGCUAUGCCCAGUUCAACACCUUCAGCAGACCAAGUCAGUCUCAGCAGCCUCCGCCCAGCUCCGGGCCUCAGACAGGCGACUUUCCAGCUGAAUGCAGUCUCCUAGACUCACCACCGCAGUUACCGUAUGAGAACUACAGCUACCCGUCGCACUACCCCACGUAUCGUCUCGGCUUUGCCCCUCCCAGCCUCGCUCCAUUAGAAAGCGGAGCAGCGUAUGAGAUGUACAGCGUGGGGCCAAGUGUAAGCGUUGGAGGCAGUGCCGCGACCCCGGAGAGCGGACUCGGGAAGUAUGGUAGCUCCACACGCUUUUCCUACACCUCGCAGCAUUCCGACUAUUCCCACCGACACACGCAGAGGAUGCAGACGCACGUGUGAUGGAGGAGAGAAAUGCCACGCUGUGCUGCUCAUCUUCACUUCAGCACACACACUUGACCACACACACAAACAGACACAGGAGGAAGUUGUAAAGAAAGCGCGAAAGAGUGGUAGGAAUGAGAUCAGAAAGCACAGUAGAGAGAGUGGGAGGGAAAUCGAGAGGUGAGGGAAUUCUCUUUUCAGCUUUUUUUCUGCUUAUUUCCUCAGCUCAAGGAGUUGUUAGCGAAAGUCACAAUCAAGAUGAAUAACGUAGCAUUCAUGAAGGAUCUAACCUCUUCUAAAUGCCAACUUGUAUAGGUGUGAAUAUCUUGGAGUUAGCAUGGCCACAGACGCAUCUUGAGAACUGAAGGAAGCUUCUGUGUUUGUCUGUGACCCAAACUACAUGGCAGUGGUGGUCAUGAAAGACUUUUGUAUGAAUUGUUGUUAAUGGCUUCUUCAACUCGUCUCCACACCUUUACUAAGCAUAGUAUACGAAAGCAAUAUAACAGAGAUUACACCUACAGUAGACUCGCAGUGGUUCAAUGAUGAUUCCUAAAACAGUCUUGCAGACUUUAGUUCCUCACAUUCAGCCAUGAGCAAAGCACCAAACAAAGCACAACACUAUAUGACCAUAUAUCCUUGGCUACCAAAGCAUUAGGGGUGUAACGAUACGGCAAAUCAUAUUCAACAUAAAGCUCUCGAUUCAACAGGCUGCAUAAUAAACUAUGCUAUUUGGUAUAAAAUACUGCUUAUAUUACUUAGGCCCACACACUGUCCUCUAAAAAAUGUAGCUUCCUCUUUAUCUCAAAUCAGCAUGCUUUUUUUCAAAAUCUAUUACACUAGAAUUUUAGUGGAUUAUCUCAAGAAAAGCAGUAACGGCUACGAUAAACAACAAGCAGGGACUGGAAAAUUCCUAGAAAGUAAUUCCUGGAAAAGUCCGGGUGGAUGGAAGCUUUUGGGAUGAUUUAAAACUCACACACGUCUGAAUUAGGACAGUUAUAGAAAAUAACAGCAGAAGUAUUUGUAGAUAUGAGGCCCUGCUUGGUGAUGGAGAUUUAUGGAGAAUGUGUAAAAGUCCAACAGCAGAAUUUAAAAGUUAGAAAACUUCACGUCAGCGAAUAUUCAGCCACAGAGCUGCUAUCAUAAUUAUAACAUAAUAAUAACAUAAUAAUUAUAAAUUUUUUACAUUACACCAAAUCCAUCCUAGUGCACAGCUUUUGUUGUAUUAAAUGCUGCUAAGAGUCUGAAUGGAUCACACAAACACUCUCAUUGUUGCAUUUUAGUUAUUGUACCUUGAAUGUUUCAAUCAAUGGAAACCCGAAACCUAAGACACACAUUCAGACCUCGCUUCCUUUUCUGUACUGGUAACGUUUUUCACCCAGACACCCCUCUAAUUUGAGUUCUGCGUGCCGUUACACCCCUAAAAAGUGUGCGUGAUCAGUUGGACACUAGGUGAUGAAAGGUCUUUCCACUUACCUGCUUUACCUGUUAAUUAGUAUCUAGUCGGUAUUCUAGAUUGCUAAGCUACCUCAUGAAGUGGGCUACGAGCCUUAUCAUUUAGAAUUAUUACAGGAACAAACAAACAAACAAAAAAAAAAAGACAAUAUAUGGUUCAGUUACCUUUUAUUACAAAGUUGUCUCUGGCAGAAUGCUUUCAUUCUCAUCAGUGAAGUUGCAGCUCAUGUCAGUGAAGUAAAGCACUUUGGAGCAUAGUUGUUGAUCUGAAGAAGGAAGGAACAGAGACCAGUUCAGGAAGCCAUCAGCUAAUGACAGCUAUUAUUUUCUUUCUGUCACCCUUUCUCUCACUCUUUCUUUCACUUUUCACGAUGGGACAAACCAUUAGUGGAGUAUGUAGUGGGAUGUGCAAGGGGACAACGCAGUAAACCAUAUAUAUUUUUCAAAGUGUUUUAACAUGGUGAUUAGUUGAUCUUCGAGCACAUACAGUAUAGCUGCAUAUGUCUGAAUUCCCCACUCGUCUUCAUGGUGCUUCGUAGUGGGGUCAUUGUUUGCACUGCAUUCCAGUAUUCUAGCAUAGAAUUAUUGCCCUUAUAAUCUACCUGUAAUCUCUCAUUUGCACACUAGGCUAGAGUGUUUUGACUAGUCCCAAAAUACAGAAUUAUUUUUUGUCUCUCAUAUUUCUGUAAAGAAUUGUGGACCAAAGGUUCAUCGUUAAGAGUGUCAUUCUUUAUUUAGGUGAUAUUCACCUCAACAAACAAGGAAAUAUGCAGAUUUGUUUGUGUUUGUUGUCUCUGGACUCUACAGUAAUAACGGUGACUUAAAAAAAAAAGGUGUUUUGAAGGAUAUGGGACUGCAAAAGUAUGACCCAGCCUUAGGUACACAUACUGAUCUUAGAUCAGGCUGCUAUGCCGUCACCUUAUUAUAAGACAUAACAAAAAUCAUGUGGAGCUGAUCACGUCGUCGGUUUUUGGACGGAUUUCUCGACAGUUUUGGGUUCCCAGGGUCUGUCCCAGAGAACAGAAUGUUUAUACAUAUAUAUAAAUAUAUAUAUAUAUUACGAUGUGAAGUUUAUCAAUACCUUAUACAUUGGGGACUGUUCCCACACACAAUAUCACAAAGACACACCUGCUACUUGUGCCAAACACAGACGCCUACGUUGGAGGAAGCUUUUUAUCGACUAGUAAAAAAAAAAAAAAAACUAAAAAAAAA